AACAUCGUACGCUGUACCAAAAGAACUGAGUUCUUUGACUGUACGUUCGCUGUCAGUACUCAGUACGUCAUAGUAAAACAGCUGAUUGUUUUAUUUUUAUAACGCACAUACACAGUAAGAAAAAAAAACCAGGAACGAAAAAAUAAGAGACGCACAAAAACAGUGGAAUAGUGGUAUCGAUUAUCGUGAAGGGGUAUUUAUCUGGGACAUUGCUCUCUCUCAUGCUCUUUCGGAGGUUAAAAAAUGUGGUGUAAAUACAAUCGCAGUAAACAGAAGUGUACAUAACAGAGAGUUUGAAAGAGCGACAAGGUCGCAAACAAUAUUAAGCGUUCCGUCAAGCAAAUGACUCGAAAAUCUUAAAGUGCACGAUUCAGUAAAAUACAUAUUUUUUUUUCAUUCAACUUUCGUCAUGUCUGUCACGAGCGAUCAAACAAACAAUGGCGGUUCAAAACAAUCGAUCAGAAGACUCGAAAUUCCAAUAAGUAAAUUUAACGAUGUGGCGAUACCGCAUCAUUUGGACUUGCUCAGACAUCACAAAAACAAUAUUAAAAAAUAUCAAAGAAUGCGCAAUUGGGAACUAGUUAGAAAGGAACAAAUCAAUGCUGCUAGAUUGACCAAGCAGAUGGAACAGUUACUCUAUGAAAUGGACACUCUUAGAUCUCAAGUACGGGAUGAAGAUAUUGACAAAUUUGACAAACUCACCUUCAAUUCUAGAACCAGCACUAUUGCAGCAAUCAAAGAAUAUCUUGAGUUAUCAUUCGAACCGCCGUCGGCCACAUCAUCCAGACCUGAAUCACCCAAAAAUGAAGAUCAAAAUGCCACAGACCCACUUGAGCAACGUCAAAUUGACCUGCACGCAGAAGAGGAAGAUUUGGAAAGACAAAAAGCCUGUUUGCAUGCUUGGAAUUCUCUGCAACAAGAUUUGCAACAGUUACAUCAGUUGUUUGUCGACUUCAAUCAAAUAAUAAUGGAUCAACGUGAACAAAUUGAAAAUGUAGAAAAUAAUGUAGUCACAGCAGACAUAAAUGUGCAACAAGGUGUGAAAUGUCUCGAAAAAGCAUCAAAGUACAAAGCAGCGAUUUAUCCAGUAGCCGGAGCACUGCUCGGCACUUGUCUCGGUGGUCCAGUGGGACUCGUAGCAGGAUUAAAACUAGGUGGUCUAACAGCUAUCGGUGGGGGCCUUUUAGGAUUCACUGGAGCAACAUUACUGAAAAAACGCCAAUUGGCGAUAAAGCAAGAAAGCGAAAUAGAGUUGAAAGCACAAGAAGAAACAAGGAAAAAUAAUCUCACAAAUUCGACAACAAGCUUGCAAUCUUUGACUGUGGAUUCCAAAAAAAAAUUGUGACAAAAGGCUAAAAGUAAUGCAAAUAAUCAAAAACUCGACUCGUGCUAUCUACUCUGAUCUGACAAUCCUCGAUUUUUUAGGACCUGCUUCAACGAAAUUUACUCAUAAUUCUCACAUUCUUUUCACAUGAAAUUAUGACAAUUUCCCACCAAAUCGCUAGUAGCUGUGAUUCGCGCCUAAAAAUAUCGUACUCUAUUUUAUAUACGAAAGCACAUAAGUUUGCUUUUUGGAAUGGUGAUCGACUUUUUUUGUAAAUCGAUCGAUAAGCGGUCAAAUUUUUAUUCUGAUAUAUAUGUACAUCACGUUGUAUUAUGAUGAGUGAUAGAAUUUGCAAAAGAAUUCAUAUAGGAUAUUCGAAUAAACCGAUAAAAACUA